AUGCAGCCUCCUCCGCCGUCCUCCAGGGAGAUGAUUCAGGGCCUCAACUCCCUCCUCGGCUCCUCCCAAAUCUCCCUCCACGACCUCCACGCCGCCGCCGGCGACGACUUCUUCGACCAGGUGAUGCUCUCCUCCUCCCUCCCCCCGUGGCCCGACCUCGCCCCCGCGAAUGCCGACGACCACCACCCCAUCGACCUGACCGCCGACGCGGAGGCGGCGGCGGCCCACAAGCACGGGGCCCCCGGCCUCGGGUUCCCCCGCUUCGACGAGCCGGCGGCGGCGAUCCUGGCCUCCAGGCUGAGGCACCAACAGAUCGGCAAUGGCGGGUCGAAGGCGGCGAUGAUGAUGCACCAGCAGCACCAGAUGUUGCUGGCUCCCCACGACGUCGUCGACGGUUCGGGUCAGGGUGGAGGAGGGCACGGCGGUGGCUCCGUACAGUCUCUGUACAACGGAUUCGCCGGGCCGCUGCACGCGUCGUCGGGCCAGGCUCCGAACCCGGCUCAGCUCUUUCACCCUCCUCAGUCUUUUCUCUCCGUUCGUCCUCUGCAACCGUCUCGCAGGGAGGCGACACAGGCCCCGCCGAAUUUCACCGCUCAGGCGGCGGCGGGGGCGGCGGCGAGCGCGUCGACGGGCGGCGGCGGCGCGGCCCCGGCCCAGCCGAAGCAGCAGAGGGUGAGGGCUAGGAGGGGCCAGGCUACGGAUCCCCACAGUAUCGCCGAAAGACUACGCAGAGAGCGAAUCGCGGAGAGAAUGAGAUCUCUCCAGGAGCUGGUCCCCAACGGCAACAAGACGGACAAGGCCUCGAUGCUGGAUGAGAUCAUAGACUACGUGAAGUUCUUGCAGCUCCAAGUCAAGGUGCUGAGCAUGAGUCGGCUGGGGAAUUCGUACGGUGGUUUCCUAGGGGGAGGCGGCGACAGCAUCCAAGCGGGCGCGAACGGCGGGGCCCUGGGGCGGAACGGCAGUAGCGGCGGCAACCAGGGGGCGCCGGCCGGCGAGGGCGUGACGGCGGCGGAGCACCAGGUGGCCAGGCUCAUGGAGGAGGACAUGGGGUCGGCCAUGCAGUACCUGCAAGGCAAGGGGCUCUGCCUCAUGCCCAUAUCCCUCGCCACCACCAUAUCCACCGCCAACACGUCUCACCGGACGAGGAACCACCCCGCGGCCGCCGGCGCCAACUCCCGCGCCCAAAACACGGCCCUCAGGCCCGGCGGCGAGGGGCCCACAUCUCCCAGCGCGUCGGUCCUGACCGUCCAGUCGACGGCGACCCUCGGCAAUGGCCCCGGCCUCGACGGGGGUCCUCCGGCAAGGACAACGCCUCCGUCUCCAAGCCGUGACGACCCCGGCACCGGAACACGGGGCGAAAACCGGGGAGAAGGGUCGCUUGACGGCGGUGACGUCCCGAGCCUAUCGGAACUCGAAGUGCCGAUGCGACAUCGCGGCGACGGCGACGUUUUGGGUGGGUGGGGUGGGGAAAGCUGA